AUGGCCAUCUUCGAUCCGUUUAAGCUCCGCCACAAACCGCCGUCAAUUUUUCCGACAACGAGUGUUAAACCAGGGCAUGUUCUUUCCAUCGUCGCCAAGCUCUUUUUCACCAUAUGUAUCUUCAUCUUCGUUUCCAUGAUCUUCUUCUACGUCAUCUUCUCCGACUGCUCCGAUUGCCACCGCAUCACCGGCCACCGUCGCUUUGGCCAUGACAAUGUGAUCUCUACUACCAAUUCCUCCUCCCCUACCUCCUCGGUCAUCCCCCAGCAGAAUCAGUCCUCGGAAGCCACCGAUGUCUCCCACAUAGUUUUCGGUAUUGGUGGCUCCAUUCAAACGUGGAGAGACCGCAGCCGCUACACCGAACUCUGGUGGCGUCCCAACGUCACACGCGGCUUCGUCUGGCUUGACGAGGAACCACCUCUUAAUAUGACGUGGCUCCCGACUUCUCCACCUUACCAAGUCUCAGCAGAUACCUCCCGGUUCAACUACACUUGCUGGUAUGGUACAAGAUCGGCCAUACGAAUGGCGAGGAUCAUCAAGGAGACUUUUGAGCUAGGGUUAACGAACGUGAGAUGGUUCGUGAUGGGCGACGACGACACCGUUUUCUUUUUAGACAAUCUUCUAACGGUUCUAAAUAAGUACGAUCACAAUCAAAUGUAUUACAUCGGAGGAAACUCCGAGAGCGUCGAACAAGCUAUCGUUCACUCCUACGCCAUGGCUUACGGUGGAGGAGGAAUAGCUAUUAGCUAUCCAUUGGCCGUUGAGCUAGUUAAGUUACUCGACGGCUGUAUUGAUCGAUACGCAUCGUUAUAUGGAUCUGAUCAGAAGAUUGAAGCUUGUAUUAGCGAGAUUGGAGUUCCCUUGACCAAGGAACUAGGGUUUCAUCAGGUCGACAUACGUGGCAACCCGUUCGGUUUGCUGGCUGCUCAUCCAGUGGCUCCUCUAGUGUCACUCCACCACCUCGACUAUGUCGACCCAAUUUUUCCGGCGACGACACAAAUCGACGCCCUAAGAAGACUCAUGUCGGCCUACAAAACCGAUCCAAGCCGGAUCCUCCAACACAGCUACUGCCAUGACCAGACCCGGAACUGGUCUGUCUCCGUUUCUUGGGGCUACACCAUUCAGAUUUAUCCGUCUCUAGUCACGGCUAGGGAGCUUGAGACGACAAUCCUUACGUUCAAGUCGUGGCGGACGUCGAGUUCCGAGCCUUUCUCGUUUGAUACCCGACCCAUCAGCGAAGACCCGUGUGAGAGACCCGUCGUUUAUUUCCUAGACCGGGUUUAUGAGGUCGAGUCGGGUCAGACUCUUACAAUUUAUCGGAAGCAUGUUGAAGUGAGCGAUACGCAAUGUGACUCACCGGAGUAUUCUCGCGCCAGUUCUGUCGACUUCAUAGACAUUUCUACCACUAAGUUGAUGCCGGAUCUUUGGAAAAUGGCACCACGUAGACAAUGUUGUGAAAUUGUCAACAGUGAGGAAGAUUCAAAAGGCGUUAUCAAUGUCAAGAUACGGCAUUGUAAUCCUUUCGAAAGUGUAACUCCUCACUCCUCAGUAUAG